AUGGAGGCAGAGAUAGUACUUAAAAUAUAUGCACACGCGCAUCCACUAAAGCUCAUUGAUUUGCAGGUAAAAUAUGAAGAUGAAGAGGAUGAAGAAGGAGACGAUGAUCCAAUUACAAAAAAAGAGGGUUUUGGAGGUGCCCGAUGUUGGAGGUGUGGGGAAGAAAUCCAUAUGUACCAUAGGUACUACUACACAUGUUCGUCAUCAUGUCAUGAUUUCUCACUUCACAAAUUCUGUGUUGAGAUCAUGUCAAGAUAUGGCAAGCUUGAAGAACUUUUUGAUAAAUAUUAUCAAAAUCAUCUAUCCAUUGAAGAAGUAGGAAAAAAUACCAUCUAUCAUCCCUGCCACCCUCACUUGCUGAUGUGUUUAAUCCCUAAGCCCAUUUUAUGCGAGUGUAGUGCUUGUGGGAAGAAGCAUAAAGGGAUAUUCUAUCAAUGCACCUUUUGUGGUGACUUCACCAUACAUAGUGAAUGUGCUUUCCUACCAGAGAAAUUGUUCAUCCAAGAGAGAACAGAUGGUGCUUUUCAUCAUACUCAUCCCCUCAACAUUUCAUAUUCCUUCCCAUUUAUAGAUCAACAAGCUAAACAUAAUCCCAAAUGCAGAGUAUGUGGUCGUGAUUUUUUAGAUUUCAAGAAGGCAGAUCUUUGGAUAUACAAAUGCGAUAAAUGUAUGUAUUAUGCCCAUCUGGAUUGUGCAACAUCAAGAAGAGAGCCAUUCAUGUCCAUCUUCUUGUCUCCUGGUGCUGGCAGAACCAAGAAAAAUUAUGAAGAUGUUGACCAUCCUGGUCUUCUCCAUCUCCCAUUCCUUGAUGAAACAUACAGCCUACCUAAACACUACUUGUUUUUCCAACAAUCAAGUAUCGAUCACCAUCAUCAUAAGGUAGAUGAGUACCUAAAACACAUGAGUCAUGAACACCCGUUAGUUCUAAUUGAUGUUGAUCAGACACAAAGCAAAAGCAACACACAAACCUCUUCCUCUUUGUUGUUAUUAAAGUGUCACGACCCAAUGAAAAAGACCCAACUGCUAUGUAAUGGAUGUCUCAAACCAAUCAUGUCCACCAUGCCUUUUUACAAAUGUCCUCAACAGAGUUGCAAUGACUUUGCUCUACAUGAGUGGUGCACUCGACUCCCCCAAGAAAUAGAAAACCACCCGGAUCACCCCCGACAUAACCUCUAUCUCAUCUGCUCAAACAUCCUCGGUUUCUUUUUUGACGUGUUCAAUUGUGCUAUUUGUAAUCUGCCUUGCAACGGGUUUGCAUAUUGUUGUUUCAAAUGUGGAUACUAUGUGGAUGUUACAUGUGGGUUUAUACCUAAAGAAAUUACACACAAAUCUCACCCUAAUCACCUUCUUUCAAUACUUCAACUAAAAGGAGAUAAGUAUGAUAUUCAAUGUCAUAUGUGUCUCAUGGGCUUUUAUAAAGGUGAACUUUCAUUCCAUUGCAAUAUGUGCAAUAUUUAUAUACAUCCUGAAUGUGCGUUGUUAUUAUCCGAGACAAUCAGGCACAAGUAUGACAAGCAUCCCAUGAACCUAAGUUACCUCCCGAUUGAAAACCAUAAGAGUGAAUACUUUUGUGAAAUUUGUGAGGAGGAUCUGAAUCCUCAUCAAUCUUUCUAUCAUUGUAAAGAUUGUGCUCAAUCUGUACAUACCGCUUGUGCUUCAUCAAUACUUCAGUGCGAGACAGAGACCUAUAGCUUGUCCUGUUGGAGAAAUUCUAUUCAUUUUUUCCUAAAUAUAAAGUUUGGAGGCAUUCAUAAAAUUCAUAGUCACCCACACUCUCUCUCAUUUGCUCAAGGUACCGUGUUGGAUGGCCAAUGUAGUAUAUGUGGUCACCGAUUACAAUAUGAAAUGAUAUUUAAAUGUCACGAGUGUAAGUUUGCAAUCCAUUUCAAUUGUUGUAAGCAUCUCAGACAGAUAUGA